UGGAGUUGCGUGCGAGACGCGCUCGUUCAGUGAGAUUCACAACAGUGAGGCGGAGCUGUGUUGGAUCAGCAGCCACUGAAGCCUGACUUAACCGAGUACCUCCACACACUCACCUACAAGAGCAGGAAACUCCCUGGCAGAAAAAGUCACGGAGGAGUGUCAAGCGCUUUUUAAAACCAACCUUCUAUAUGAUCAAGAGGAGGAUAGCGAGGUUUGUGACCGAUCAGCCCAGACUCGGUAUCAGGACGGGUAGUAGAGAAGCACAAAGCCGGUGAAGUGUCUCUGGAGCGGAUGAGAUCAGCCCAGCCCCCUCACAUACACACACCGGACCGGCCUGCUGCUCUUAGCCUGUUGCUGCUGCUGCUGUGUGUGUGAUCUUAUCGUAUCAUUCAGCCGUAUAUCUCACAUAUAUCGCUGAAACACACGUCUGUAAGUAGUUUAGAGUUGUUUUCUCUUUGUUUAGAGGCUGGCUGCUGCGUAUUGUUUCGGUUGUUGCUGGACUAAAGCGCCCAGCCUCAGUUGGCUAAUCAGUUAGCUGCAGCAUGUCGUCGUGUUAAAGCCACUUCUCGGGUACGAUGUAGUUCAUCUCUCAUUUUCUGAACACCAGACAAAACGUGCCUGACGAAGGGGCACGGCACGUCAACCAAUAUAAAGCGGUUUCUCAAAACACACCGGCUAAAGUGAAAUCUGUGCGACACAAUCUCAUUUAGCUCAGCGAGGAACUGUUUAUGGUCCUCGCGAGAUCCAAAACUGGAUUAAACACAGAACAUGUUUGUAUUAUUGAUGACAUUGGGCGUGUGUGUAUAACCAGAUUACUCUUCACUUAAGGGUCUUUAUUUUUAAACUGUGAACGUGUUGAGUAAUUCAGCUCGUGUAUGAAGACACUGAAUGGAGAGGUAUUUUAACACUCUUUUACUCUGACUGGUGUGGUUAUCUGGAUGUCCCCUGCCAUCUGUGGAGUUACUGGACAUUUGCGAGAGACUAAUUCACACGGAGGAGGGUUUUAUUUGGCUAUUCUCGGCGGACAAAGUCCAGGGAAUUGCACACUGCUUUAUAAAUCGGCCCUGCAUCUCUCAAUCGUUUGGCUGCUUGAGCGAGUCCCCGAUGCGGAGGGGCUGAGUGCGACCGGGACAUGCUGAAGUGUAUCCCGCUGUGGCGGUGUAACCGUCACGUUGAGUCCGUGGAUAAGCGGCACUGCUCGCUCACUGCAGUUCCCGAUGAGAUCUUCCGCUACAGCCGCAGUCUGGAGGAACUGCUCCUGGACGCCAACCAGCUGAGAGAGCUGCCUAAGCCUUUCUUCAAACUGCACAAUCUGCGAAAGCUGGGCCUGAGUGACAACGAGAUUCAGAGAUUACCACUUGACGUGGCCAACUUCACUCAGCUGGUAGAGCUGGACAUCUCCAGAAAUGAUAUUUCUGAAAUCCCAGAGAACAUUAAAUUCUGUCAGGCCUUGGAGAUUGCAGACUUCAGUGGAAACCCCCUGUCCAGGUUGCCUGAUGCCUUCACACAGCUCAGAGGUCUGGCUCACCUGUCACUCAAUGAUGUGUCACUGCAAUCUCUACCCAAUGAUAUAGGGAACUUGUCAAACUUGGUGACUCUAGAACUGAGGGAGAAUCUACUGAAAUCCUUACCCAUCUCACUUUCCUUCCUGGUUAAACUGGAACAGCUGGAUCUGGGCAGCAAUGUACUGGAAGUUUUGCCUGACACUAUUGGGGCACUGCCCAAUCUUCGUGAGCUGUGGUUGGACAGAAACCAGCUCUCCUCACUACCUCCAGAGCUGGGGAACCUGCGGCAGCUGGUUUGCUUGGACUUGUCAGAGAAUCGUCUAUCAGAGCUUCCCACCGAGAUCAGCGGCCUUAUCGCUCUCACUGACCUCCUGCUCUCCGAGAACCUUCUGGAAAUCUUGCCGGACAGCAUUAGUUCACUUAAGAAAUUGUCCAUUCUGAAAGUGAACCAGAACCGCCUUGUGCAUCUCACCGACUCCAUUGGCGAGUGCGAGAACCUGACAGAGCUAAUGUUGACUGAGAACCUUCUCCAGUCUCUUCCCCACUCUCUUGGGAAGCUGAAGAAGUUGACCAACUUGAAUGUGGACCGAAACCACUUAAGCAUCGUGCCCGCAGAGGUUGGAGGAUGUCUCGGCCUGAACGUGCUCUCCCUCAGAGAUAACAGGUUGGGUAAACUACCCGCUGAGCUUGCCAACGCCAUAGAAUUACAUGUGCUGGAUGUGGCAGGCAACAGGCUGCAGAACUUGCCAUUUACAUUGGCCAAUCUGAACCUGAAGGCCAUGUGGCUGGCGGAGAACCAGUCUCAGCCCAUGUUGAAGUUCCAGACAGAGGAUGAUGAGCGGACUGGGGAAAAAGUUCUCACGUGCUACCUGCUGCCCCAGCAGCCCUCAUCUAGCCUCGAAAAUCUUCUGGACAGGAGCGUUGAUGAGACCUGGCCCACGGACACUAAUCUGAACAGAGUGUCAGUCAUUCAGUUCCGGGAUGACUCAAAAAAUGAAGAGGAAGAUGAGGAGACUGCGGCAGAGAGGAGGCAGGGUCUUCAGAGGAGAGCAACACCACAUCCCAGUGAGUUAAAGGUGAUGAAGAACGUUAUUGAAGCCAGAAGAAAUGAGGCUUACACAGCUAAACCUGAUGGAGAUCUGGAGUCCCCAGACUCUGAGGAGAAGCGAUUGAGUGGGCUUUCCAAUCAAAGUCAUGAUUCUCAGGCAUCCAGUAGCACCGCCUCUGCCACUUCUCAUGAUGAAAGGCGGGGUGUAAACAAUACAGGGGUGGAGCCUAAUGAUGGACAGGGUCAAGAGGAGGAGGAGCUUGAUGAGAUGGAGGUGGAAUAUACUGAGCCUACUGUGCACUUUGCCGAAGAGCCUAUCAUCCGUGGUGGUGAUGAUGAGGAUGACAACGAAGUAGAGGAUGAAGAUUAUGCCGACCGGAGUGAUGAGGACUCUCAAACACCCCCUUUCCCUGCCGAGAAACAGCGGCUCAUACGUAAAGACACACCACACUACAAAAAGCACUUCAAAAUCACCAAGCUGCCCAAGCCUGAGGCUGUCGCCGCCCUGCUGCAAGGCUUCAGGCCUGACGGCCUUUCACCUCCUGCUCACACCCCUGAGGACGAGAGGGAUGGUGAGGAGGAGGAGGAAGAAGAGGGUGGAGUAUCAGUCAAUACUCCUUUCCAGCACAGACUAGAAACAGCUGAGCUAGAAGACAGCAGGCUGAGUCAGGUGAACUCGUCCCUGCAGCCGGUGAAGGGGGUGUCAUUUGAUCAAGUCAAUAAUCUGCUGAUUGAGCCUGCUCGAAUUGAGGAGAAAGAGCUGACCCUGACCAUCCUGAGGCAGACUGGUGGGUUAGGCAUCAGCAUAGCAGGUGGGAAAGGAUCUACACCCUACAAGGGUGAUGAUGAGGGUAUUUUCAUCUCUAGAGUGUCAGAAGAAGGCCCCGCAGCCCGUGCUGGGGUCAAAGUGGGAGACAAACUUCUUGAGGUAAACGCAGUAGACCUACAUGGAGCAGAGCAUCACACUGCUGUUGAGGCCUUGCGUAACUCGGGGGCAGCUGUGGCUAUGACUGUUCUUCGGGAACGCAUGGUGGAACCAGAGAAUGCCAUCACCACAACACCCCUGCGACCGGAAGAUGAUUAUUUCCCUCGGGAAAGACGGUCUAGUGGGUUGCCUUUCCUCCUAGAACCGGGCUCACCUGCUGUUAGCGCUGGACCUUGCCAGCAACUAGCCACUUGUCUGGUCCGCAACGAUAAAGGUUUAGGGUUCAGCAUCGCUGGAGGGAAAGGGUCAACACCAUACCAAGUAGGAGACAAGGGAAUCUUCAUCUCUCGCAUUGCUGAAGGAGGAGCUGCUCACAGAGACAACAUCCUACACGUGGGUGACAGGGUCAUAUCAAUCAAUGGUGUAGACAUGACAGAGGCCAGACAUGACCAGGCAGUAGCGCUUCUUACUGGCACCUCCCCCACCAUCACCCUGCUGGUCGAGCGGGACCAAGCCAGUGCAGGGGGCGGCUCCCCUCGAACACGGCCUCAUUCCCCCCCUCCUCCAGAGCCCUCUGAGUCCCCUGAUCAAGAGGAUGGAGGAGACGAGCUCCUUGGAAACAAUCUCAGUUGCCCCAUGGAAGAUGAAUACCCCAUUGAGGAAAUAACAUUGAUCAAAGCAGGUGGUCCCCUGGGUUUGAGCAUUGUAGGGGGUAGCGACCAUGCCAGCCACCCAUUUGGAAUUAAUGAGCCUGGUGUGUUCAUCUCAAAAGUCAUCCCUAAUGGUUUGGCCUCUCAGAGUGGGCUGCGUGUGGGCGAUCGCAUCUUGGAGGUGAAUUCCAUUGACCUGCGACAUGCCACACACCAAGAAGCUGUUCGAGCCCUGCUCUCCAACAAGCAGGAGAUCCGCAUGCUUGUGCGCAGAGAUCCUUCGCCCCCUGGCAUGCAGGAGAUUGCCAUUCACAAGCAGCCUGGAGAAAAGCUUGGCAUCAGCAUUAGGGGCGGAGCUAAAGGCCAUGCAGGCAACCCCUUUGACCCCACAGAUGAAGGCAUCUUCAUUUCCAAGGUGAGCUCCAGUGGUGCAGCUGCUCGAGAUGGGCGUCUGCGGAUAGGCAUGCGUAUUCUGGAGGUGGGCAACAACAGUCUGCUGGGAAUGACACACACUGAAGCAGUGAGGGUCUUGCGUGCUGCUGGUGAUUCCCUGAUGAUAAUUGUGUGUGAUGGCUUUGACCCAAGAAACUCUGCUGGCAUGGAGGCAUCUCCUGGUAUUAUUGCAAACCCGUUUGCUGCAGGUAUUGUUCGUAAGAACAGUAUGGAAAGCAUCUCGUCAGUGGACAGAGAUCUGAGUCCUGAAGAGAUUGACAUCAUGCAGAAGGAGGUGGAGAUGGCGAGGGAGACGUCACAGUGGGAAUGGGAGGAGAUGGAAAAAGUGGAGCGCAUGCGCUUGGAGCGCGAGGAGGCAACUCGCUUGCUGGAGGAGGAAACAGAGAACUUGAGCACUGAACCACUGAAACUGGACUACAAGACACUGGCAGCACUACCGCAGACUAGUCUACAGAAAGUUAAUCGAUUUUCUCCUUCCUUUGCUACAUUCACCUCAAUGGAGGCUGCCAUGCCAGCUGGCCUUGUAGACCCCCUGGGUUUUGAGAAGGUUCAUGCUUCUAUGUACCAUGUAGAAACCGUUGUACCUACUUCAUCCCCAACCAACCAAGCCACAAGUUCAGCAGCAUCUAAACAGCACCAAGCCAUCACAUGUGACCCCAUCCCAAAUCUCGGAGUGCCACAAGAAUCUAAAGAGGAAGAAGAAUGUCUUGUGGAUUCUCAGCCUAUCAGCUUUAAUGAAAACCCCUUCCUUCUGGCUAAUCGCAAGAGCAGAGGCCUCCCUCCUGAGGAGCGUAUUUUAUCAGGGCCACCUGUGGGUUAUGGCAGGCAGGGGCAGCUGCAACCCUGGUUGUACAGCAAGGCUUCUCCAUCUGAACCUCUCCGGUUUGACAGUCCAGUGCGAGAUGCAGCACACUCUCCAUGCAACUCACAGUCAAACAUCCAUUUCCCCUCAAAUGCAAACACCAAGGAUAAUUCAUCAACUAAACCUGGUGCCAUCCAGCCUCUCUCUCGGGUGCAUCCUGCUGCGUCUCCAGUCAGUCAGGAUGGCCACAGCAGUCCCAACCCUUUCCAGCAUGGCCUCUCUCCCAUCAAUUCCCAGACCACUCCUCGUGCCCCAUCCCCUGACACAAUUGAGGGAUUCCCCGUCAAUAUCAAGCAGGUAUAUAAGACCUUCGCAGCUGUGCCACACUCCCUGGCCAUACUGGAACCCCCGCAGGAUCUGUACGCUCAGAGGAACAACGUUAACGCAAAGCAACCAUCACCAGAGCCUGAGCUGAAUAAUGAGGUGUUUAUGGAUGAGGGUGUUGUUGAGGGCGAUCGUGCUCUCCCCCCUCGUCCCUCCCUCGAGUACCGCAACGAGUACAGGAGCCUGGCAGCCGUGCCACGCCUGUCUCGCCCCUCAGUGGAUUCAAAGACACCCUCCUCUUUUGGCAGAGACAGCCCAGAACAGCGCUCCUUCAGAGACAGACAGAAAUAUUUUGAGAUUGAUGUUAAGCAGCAGACUCCAGACAAUAAACCCAAACCUCGCGUCUCGCUCGUGGGAGAAGAUGACUUGAAGAAAAUGAAAGAGGAGGAAGCAAAGCGAAUUGAACAGAGUGCACGGGAGUAUAUGCUGGAUGAAGAUGAAGAGGGUGAGGAGGAAGAUCUGGCAAAGCAGAUGGCAGAUAUGAAGGCUCAAGGAAAGGUUAUCCUAGAUGGUGUGGAGUAUAAGGUCGAGAGUUUAGGAAGCCAUGGUUCCCCAUCUAUGAGGCUGUGUGCCACACCCCCAAGCUAUAGUGCGACACCUCCCAGCCACUGUGGCAGCUCAGGUCCUUCCUCUGUCGAUGGUAAGGGAGACUCCCAACAGAAUUACAUGGAAGAUGGAUUUAGACUGGACCAGAGACCGAAUGCCAUGACAGGUCUGAUCCCAGUUUAUCCUGGUGAGUCUGCCACCCCCAUUCGGACAGCAAAAGCAGAGCGCAGGCAUCAAGAACGAUUGCGCAUGCAGAGCCCAGAGCUUUCCGUCGCUGUGGACAAGGAGCUGUCACCUGCGGAAAAACGAGCCCUGGAGGCAGAGAAAAGGGCCAUGUGGAGAGCAGCCAGGCCUUACGGUCUAGAGGAGGACGUAAGGCAGUAUGAGCAGGACCUGGCUAAGCGGCUCUACCAAUCCCGUGUGAGGGCAUCACUAGGCACCGCUGCAGCCCCUCCCACUUCCUGUUUCUCCUCUUCCUGUCAGCCCAGGAUGAAGUCUCUAGAGCAAGAUGCUCUGAAGGCUCAGAUGGUCAUUGCCAAGUCUAAAGAGGGGAAGAAGCGUGGAGCCCUGGAUCAGCUGUCGGAGUCACCGUCUCCUGCCCCCACGCCCUCUCCUACACCCAUGGAAGAUAUCAGUCCAUGGGCAGUAACUUCACCAGGAAGACUGUCCCUGUCAGAAAAGAAGUUUGACUACCGAAAAUUCGCUGCCAUUCCUUCUUCCAAACCCGUUUACGACAUUCAGUCCCCCGGGGCAGCAGAGGACAUACACUUCAUGGAUGAUGCAUCCAGUAACCCAGUGUCUGUUGUAGAUACAGAAGUUCCUGUGGCCACCACAUCUGCUCUGGAGGAGAUGGCUCUCUACAGUAACAAACGCAAACUACGACAGGGCCGCCGCAGCCUGGAGGCCCCUGUGCCCACAUAACCGCACACUCACAAACUUAUGUAUCUGAACUGUGAAGAUAAAACUCGUGUAGUGAUAAUCUAAAGUGAAGAGAUGUCGCAAAUGGCUUAGAAUGCUCUGAAAUACACAUCUGUACACAGGUAUUCAACCACGCUUAUUUUUAGUGCCACCACAGCAUAGGUAUGGAGAUGAGCCAAUAGGCCAACAGCCUCUUGUCUUCUGAACACUAAUCAUGCCUUUGCAGUUGGCAUUGAAAUGGAUUGCUCAGAUUUUACUAUAAAAGGUCUAGAGGAUGGCAAAUUCAUUAUCUGGCCACUAUACCUGUUUUCCCCAUCUUUAUCUCUGUCAGAAUUUUAGCAGCAGAAUUAAAAGAUGACUUAAAUUUCUUUUAAACACUUUGAAACCUCCUCUAGAAAUCAAAACCAUUCUGGACCGAAAAAAAAGAUAUUUUAAAAUGUACUUGCUGUGUGUAUUUGUUUUGGGAGAUCUGUUAAUCAGUUUGAAAACAACAUACUGCUACCUUCACUGCCUCAUAUAAGCCAGACUUUCACUUUUAUUUCUUUAAUUCAAUAAAAAAAAAAUGUUUUUAUUCCUUUUAAAUGUAAUUUAUUAAUGAAAUACAAUGUUUUUAAUCUAUGGGAAUCCAUUACAGAAGGCAACAUAUAUUGAGGCUUUUGACAUUUGGAUGAGUUGAUUACUUGUGAUUUGGGGAUGAGUUUUGGAAUUGACUAAGUUUCUUGCACCCAGCAAUGAAGUCUAAAUCAGAGGCCUUGUAAUUAAGCUUUAUUAUCAUUUUGUAUCCAUAUCAGUUUCAAAAUGAAAUGUUCUUCUGUUAAGAUGAUGCGAAUGAAUGUAAUGUUUUUGAAAGGUUGCAUCUGACCUAAUUCAAAGAUCCGUUAUAAACCUUUUUCAUAAUAUCAUCAUGCCAUUUCAUCAAGAUUGACCUACUAUAUUUGAGCAGCUGCAUUCUAUUCCUUUUAAUAGACCUUUAGUCAUCCUUUACUGGACUUGGAGAGUAAAAUGAAGUGGAUAAUACAUAUUUGUUUCCUAGGUAAUCCUCUUUACCCUCCUUUCUAGAGAAUGAUACAAUGUAAUAUUCAGUUGUUUUCCUCUCUUUGGACCAUGUUGUACAUCUAUAUGUUGAAUCGUUCACUUUGAUACAUGGAGUGACCAGAGUGGAGAAUUUUACACUUCGACAGCCAUAUCAUACCACAAACCAUCGUUCAGCAGUCUUUGCCUCACCUCACUAUGAACGUAUGGUACCAUUUUUCUAACACUGGGCGUGGGAGGGAAAAUAUCAUCCUUUGAGACCUUUUGGUUUCUAUUAUAAACAUGCAUCUCUCCUUGGGACUUUACUCUGACAGGUGUGUGAAGGUAGUAGAUAUAUAUUUUUCACUUUUAGUUUUUUCUAAUCUACAUUUGAAUUAGUUUAAUGCCACUAAAAGCAUUGUGUGAAUAAUGUACAAAAGUUGAAAAAGCAAAAAUUAUAAUUGAAUCUGAGCCUUUUUGCCCCAAGACCAAACUAAAGUCUAGAGGGUGUAGAUGAUUCUGUUAGGGUCUUAAAUGAAUGAUCCAUGUGUGUAUAUUAGCUUAUUGCAAUUUUGCAAGUUUUCUUUUAAUUCUGUGUGUGGAUAAAGGUGAAAGACUUUGGCUAUCCCUUAAAAUAACAGGUUUUAUUUUGCUGUUCUCAAACCAGUUGUUCUCUUUAGCUGCCAUCAACACUGUGGCCCGAUGAACUUGUCAUUCAAAUGAAAUGUUUGUUUAAUUUGACUAAUCUUUGCUUUUGUGUUGCGCUCAUUGACUGAAAUUCAGUUCUGGUUAAUAACACUUUGGGAAUGGCUGAUACAUUUUUUUAUUAUUAUUAUUUUAUAAAGCGUAUUUUGAGAAGUUGGUUUUCUGUAACCAAUGGUAUAAUGGGAUUCACUACAUUUUUACAUUUUAAAAGAGCAGAAGAGUUUGAUCUGUCUUUGUUUUCUUGAUUUGUUGUUUGGGAGGUUUCUUUUUUAUUUGCUAAUGGGGAGGAUGGGACAGAAGGUCUAGAGCUCAUUCAGGACUGUAACUAGUGAAUUUGUACAACCAAAGAAGUCUAUUUUGUGGUUCAGGAAUAAUAAAGUUUACUUUUCAUUUAACAA